AGUCACGUCAAAGUUUCACGUCAAAAUCAACAAAUGUGUGGUGUUCAAUAAAUUCAAGAGUUUUAUAAUUAUUAACCAUUUUUUGUAUGCAAAUUAUGAGUUGAUCCUUUUCCGGCUUUGCAAGAAAUAACUCGAAAUGGCGCUGGAUUUAGUCAGCAUUGCCCAACCGCACUACAUACCUGGGUACACCGGUCACUGCCCCGAGUACAAGUACCGCAUAGGCAACACCUAUGGGUCCACAACUCACAAGAUCCUCCUGGACCCCAGCGUACAGCACUCCGAGAGGCUUGUACUGUCUGACAGAACUGCUGAUGACUUCCAGAUCUACCGACCACCACAAACUGACAUCGAUGUGGUUAACGCAAGGUUUCGCAAUGGGGAUCCAGUCUACAAGCAUCCUAUGAUACCAGGGUAUGAAGGGUUCCUCCCACGAUUGAAUAACCACUUUGGACAGCGGUACACUGUCGCUGCGACAGAAGCGCUGUCAGAAUUUCAAAGGGUUCAACUCAACCAGAGAGCAGCAAGGAACCAGUUAGAAAGAGUGGUCGACUUGCAAGCCGGGAAAGGACAGCCUUGGGACCUGCUCGAUAGAUUCUCCGCAACAGCCGAGUUCAAGCUCCCAUUAGUCACUGUGCGACCAGAAUGUGCAGGAAUAUUACGUGACGUACCAAUGGAUGAACCAAAACUGUCACCAGCAUCACAUUCUGUUAGUCCAUACUUCUUGGAAAACGGUCAUCCUGAAAAAUAUAUCAAGAAAGGAUUUUCGGGUCAUGUUCCAUACGGUUUCCAAAGAUUUGGUGAGUCGUCGAAAAAGCUCACAAACUCUGCACUUUGUGACUUUUCAUCUAACUACAGGCGAAGACAAAGUACUGAAUGGGCACCAGUGAAUGUAGUCAAACCGGACCCGCCGCUGUCAAUAAACCCGACGGAAAUCUACCACAAGCACGUCGGUAUGCUGCCAAACUACGCCGGUCACGUUCCUGGGUGCAUGUUCAGGUUUGGGAAAACCUACGGGAAUGACACAAGAGACGCCAAACGGUGGCUUCGUGGAGAUUUCACCUCGUAAACCAUCCAUUUCAGUAACGUGUGAUCAACAAUCAAUAAUGAAGCUCAUUAUACUAGCAAUAUGGUUCAAAUCAAAAGUUAUACUAUUUUGAGACGAUCAAAUUUUUGAUUUGAAUAAAACAAUCGA